AUGUACGAAGGGAUUGACAACCUGAAAUCCCUUUACGACCGUGCCGGGAAGACUUUCUCCGGCGGUCCUUCUGCGGCACAGGAUGUGCCGCGUCGUACUGCUCGACCAGACCCAGUACGUCAAUCAUCAGUUGGGAGCGGGGCUCCCAAGAAUCACAGGACGGGGGAUAGCCGCGCCACCGGACGAGAUAACUCGUCCGACGUCCGUUCACGUCGCGGGGGUUCAACAGCUGCUCAACUAGAUAGCGCUGGCCACCGCGAGAGUCCUCUAAUGGAGGUGGAGGAGGAGGAAAGACGCUCUCCACACGAUCAUGUGGAUCGGUGUGUUCCCGAGAGCUUCUUUGAUCGCGUAACGCAAGGGUUACGCGGCGAUCUCGAACAUGAGCGGAAUAGGCGUCUCCAAAUGGCGGACACUGCCUCGAAGCAUCAAGCUGAGUUUGCCUUUGCUCAGCUUGAGAACGAGAGAUCUCUGACAUCUCUUCGUGACGAGCUAAGGGUAGCUCGUGGGAUUGCUGAUCGGUCUCGGGAUGAGAUAGCUGCUCUUCAGACCCUUGUUGAUGCCCACCAUCGGGAGCACAAGGCUCUCUGCGAGAUGCUUGAGCGCAAGGGCGUUCUUCAUCGGAAGAAGCAGCGUACUGAUGGUACGGCUUAA